AGCACCGCCGGCGUCGAAAUCGGAUCGGCUUCGCCACACCGGUUGUUGAAAGCUCCCGGGAGCAACUUGUCCUUUCCGAAGCGCGCAUUCACCCGCAGAACGACGUUCAGGCGCCCCGGAGGCCGGGUCGAGUUGAAGAGCGUCGCGAUGCUAGAGGCCGGCACGAGGGCUUCCUGCAGCAGCAGCAGCAGCAGCGACAGCAGUUCGAGCUCUUCGGACGCGGACGUGGACCCGGUGGGCGGCGGCAGCCGCGUCGCGCGGCCGGCGAAGCGGCCGGGCUUGCAGCGCCUCGAGUUGCACGAGCUUCACGAAGUGCGCCAGAUGCAGGCGGCGGCGCGCCGUGCUGCCGAUGCGGCGGCUCGUGGCGAUGGCGCAGGCACCGCGCUGGACACGCUAGGCCCCGCAGAGCCGGCGCCGAUGAACCAGGAAGGCAACGACGUCGAAGUAGUGGUUCGACCAGAGAAUUGGUACAUGAACCGGAGAUUCCAAGCAGUGCUUUCCACCACGGCCAUCCUCUGCAGCGUCGCUCUUCUGAUUUAUCUUGGCUCGACUCUAUGGAUUCGCAUAAAGUACCGCGACAUUCUCCGUGCCAGCACCCGAAGGGCUUAUGCAGAACAUGCGGACCUCCCCCUGUUUUCAGGCUGCGACGAAAUGGCAUGCCAACUCUUCCUGGCAGCUAUAAGAACUUCCAUCAACAAGUCUCAAGACCCCUGCAAAGACUUCUACGGGUAUGUCUGCGACGGCUGGAAGCAUCAACACCGUCUGCUCUCUGUUGUGGACGCGGCUGAAGAUACAAUGUACAAACACGCGCUCAACGUUAUCCAACAGGCUUCCCAGGACAGCCACAACAAGGCUCAAGCCGUUUGGUCUGUCACAAGCGUCGAGAAGAAAGUGACCGCCCUAGCCAGGUCCUGUAUUGAACUUUCGGAGAGCAGCCUGCAAGAUCUGAGAAGGUUCAUGUUCGAGCGUCACCUGCCAUGGCCCGAAAAAUCUCGCUGGGACCCACUAGCGAUUCUGCUCGACCUGUCUGGAAACUGGAACGUUCAUCUCUGGUUUCAAGUCAGCAUCAGACUGUCUCCACUUCACUAUGGUAGCACCGAGCCGGUACUGAAGAUUGUUCCCAGCGCCGCCUUUCGCUCGUGGAUGGCUACCAUGCGUGCAUUCACCGGCCAUCCAACAGGGUCGGCGCCGUGGCUUCGCUACCACAUGUACGUUCGCCAGAUGCUGCGCCUGUUCGACGGUUCAGAGUCGGCCUCUGGCGAAAUCGUCUCAACCAUCGAGGCAAUGGACAAGCUCACACUAGAAACGCUGGGACCUGCCAUGAAUGUGCCUGAACCGAGAAUAGUGCGCAUGUCCAUCCGCAACCUUACCGAGACGGCGACUCUCCUCAUCGGAACCGGUCGCCUGGUCCUCCUCUUCAACGAGCACUUCAUGUGGGCACGACGCUUCUCGCCCAGCGAUAUCGUGCAAGUGGAAAACCUGGGUCUGUUACGGUCUGUCGUCUACAUCCUGGGACUCAAUACAGAGACGCAAGAGGCGUUAACGCUGAGCCUGGGACUUCGCGUCGCCAACGAGCUGGGCUGGAUGGCGCACAGAGAAAUCGCGGACGUCACGCUCGAGCUCUCAGGCCUGCCUCCGUCGGCUCACACGCGCCGCUGCCUCGUCCAGAUCGAAAGUACCGUGGGUGUCGGAUGGCUCAGUCUGUUUCCCAAGCAUCAGGAAGCCGAGUCCUUCGUUCGAGACGUGAGAGACGUUCUCAUCGAUGACGUGGCACGUCGAAGUAAGGCGUUUCUUCAGCUCCGUGCCUAUAGUACUGCUACCCCGUCGAACAGGGACAGCUUCCUGGCCAGCGUGCUUCCAGAACCGUCACGCCGAGCUCGCUUCUUCAUCGACUGGCUGAAUCUGAUGGUCGGGCGCUGGCGGCUACAAGAGCGAGGCAUCACCAAUGUUCUCAAGCCGGGCUCCUUGCUCAGCCAUCGAUGGAGUUUUCAUGGUGCUCUCACGGUUACGGAGGACUACUUUGUCUUUCCUUUGUACCACUCGGACCUGCCGCCAGCUGUCAACUACGGCGGCGCUGGCCGGCUAAUUGCUGACGAAGUUCUCAGGGGCUUGUUUCACGAGCUGGCGUACAACCAAAGCCGCAGUCGCAACAACCGAGGCCGCACAGGGUUCUUUGAACAUUCGAACUACACCCUGGCGUCAGAUUGGCCCCCGUACCACGUUGACACCAAGGCUCUCCUGGCCGCCCUGUCUGCGUAUAGAGUAGCUGUCGUGCAAGACUUGAGCAGUGCGUACGCCAGGCUGUCGAGCCUCGCGCAAGACAGACUUUUCUUUGUGUCAUCGUGCUACGCGCUUUGCUCAAGCGGCCACUACGUGGACCCGUUGUAUGGAGACGCGAGGCGCCGUUGCAACGAACCCAUUAAGCAGCUGUCAGAGUUUGCAGCAGCAUUCCGGUGCAAGGCGCCAUUCACCAAGCUUUAGAUAUGACUUGAGUUUCCUUUUUUUUUUUUCGUUUUGGCUUAUUUCACUCGCAUAUAUACGUUUCUCAAUAUGCCAAUGCCGGGCGCAUACGGCUUAUUAAACACUUGUGGAGCAUCGCAGCACCAUAUGGGGUCUCUUUGAUGCGUGGUUAGUUUAUGUAUGCUCUAAAAGAUGCCGUAUCCUAUUUGGGAUACUUGACAGACCGGCUCGAUACUGCAGUGUCGAUUAUGUAUCGCGGUCGCACUUUCACAACCGUCAGGUGCGCUAGGUAUUAAGGGUGUGUGAACAUUCGAAGCUUUCGAAUAACGAAUCAGUGUCCUAUACGAUUCAAAGACCGAGUUGAAUUGUCGCGAUUGGUAAAUGCGAUUAUUCAUGAAAAUAUUUUCGUAUAUUUGAGAACGUCAACCGCGGCCAAAUAAAUAUAAAAUUGGAGCAAAAAUACACUAAAUUUUCACCCGCGCUGGCAUAGUGCAGACAUAACACAUGAGAACAUGAGGCUACGUUACUUGGGUAGCCAUACUUCACACGCUCUACAGCGAUCAUUCGCACUCUUUUAGGAGCCUGUCCAUCUGAAGACACUAUUCUCGUACCUCCUAAUGCUCCAUUUGUGCUUUAUUAAAGCAACGCUUCAUAACGUAUUAUGACAAACUUCCUAACUUUAAG